AUCCUUAGAGAAGAACAAAGUGCUAAUUUCCCAGUUCAGCCCAUCCCAACAAAAUUCCAUAGUCCCUGUCAUCAAAAUGACAUUUUCUCUUCAAAAUAAGCAACACCUAAACAAGAGAGAAAAGUCACUUCAUGUUUUUCUAGUUGAUCGUUCUGAUAAUAAUUUGCCCUUCGGUCUGUCAGAGAACCUUCACUGCUCCCAUAGAUGCAUCCUACCAGAGGUCAUAGAUCACACAAAACCGACAGAAACAGGAAAUCAAACUUCCUGAGUCCACUGCAAAACAGAAACCUGUUUCCUCUACACAUCUCAAACUGGCCAAGUUCUCGCUUAGUGGACUCAGUGUGGAAGCAACUGUCAAAAGGGUUGGAAGGACUUUUGCACCUUCUACUGGGCUCCAAACCCCCGAGAUGGAGGGGGCAAGGCUACUUGUCCUGCUUUCUAGUUUGUGGAGUGGAGGUGUGGGGCUUCACAAUGCGACACAUAGUAGGAUUACAGCACCUGAGGAGGGAAACUUCCAGAAGAACAUGGCCUCAACUUCUUACACCUUGAAUCAAAGUCUCCAACCGCUGCCAACGACUCACAUCAUGGCACCUGAGGCAACCCAGACUCCUGAGGGAAGAGCUUCUGAAGACAGUCUUCUAACAUCAACUUCGCUUCCCACCAAGCCUGAAGAGCCUCCUGAAUUUAGGAGGAACCAAACUCAAACCCACCACGAGAAGACACCAGAGGUGCAGACUCCUGCCCCUCUGAGCAAAUCCAGUGUCCAGCUGACACCCAGAGCAGAGUCACUUGUCCUUUCUAAUUCGACAUUGGAAUUCCUUCAGAGUUUUGCCAGAACGUCAAGUCAACAAGCAAUCUCCCUCAACUCCACCCGGGGCCUGGGAAACCGAGCCCCCCGGCAGACAUACCUCAGCAGGGGAGACAACCCCGGAAGGCAAAGAACCAACUUUCAAAAGUCCAGUUUUGAAACGACUCGAGGAAAGAACUGGUGUGCGUAUGUACACACUCGCUUGUCUCCUACCGUGGUGCUGGAUCACCAAGUCACUCAUGUUCCAAGUGGGAAAGCACCUUGCAGCUGGGUCAGAGGUUCCUGCCCUCAGAGGUCUCAGAAGGCCUCGAGUCCUGUCUAUAAGAUGCAACAUAAAAUCGUCACCUCUCUGGAAUGGAAAUGCUGCCCCGGCUUCAGCGGCAACAACUGCCAGAUGAAAGUCCAGGAGCAGCAUCAGCUGAUACACAGCGCCCAGGCGGAGAGUCACGCAGCUGUUGGCCAGGGGACGGAGGAACAGAAGCAGCGACAGCGGGACUGCGAUGACCCAGCAGUGACACGAAAAAUAACGGAGCAGCUGAGCCACCAGGCAGUGAGACUGAGCCUUCUGCAGAAGGAGAUUGACAACAUCUCCCUGGCUGUGAGUGAGGUAAAGAAUACGCACUCCUCCCUGGAAGAAAAAAUCAACGAGGACAAAGGCGGGGAAUUUCAGCAUUUUCUGAAAGGUCUAAAAUCCAAAAGUCUUAAUGAUCUAGUAAGAGACAUAGUGAGAGAACAAUUCCAAACUUUUCAAACUGACACACAAGAGACUGUGGCACAGCUCUUCAAAACUGUUUCAUGGUUAUCAGAAGAACUUGAAAGCACCAGGCAAACAAUUCGACAAGUUAAUGAAUCUGUGGUUUCCAUAGCAGUUCAGCAAAAGGCUCUAAUAAUGCAAGAAAAUAAACCCAUUUUAACCGAUAUACUAGAUUUAAAGAAAAAUGUUGUGAAUAUAAGACAAGAAAUGAAUUUUACCUGUGAGAAGCCUAUUAAAGAACUAGAAGCAAAACAGAUGCAUUUAGAAAAUGCUCUAGAACAGGAACAUUUACGGAGCAUUUUUUAUCAUGAAUCCUUCAAUAAGACGCUGUCUGACAUGAAGGAGGGUUAUGGUCAUCUUUCACCAACUGAACAAAUGUCAGAGCAGAAGAGUGUUCUGGGAACAGAAUCAGUUGGCGAUGGUGUUUCUGAGGACUUGUCUACUCUACAUGAGAAGAUACAGAGGCAGGACUUGAGGAUGUCACAAUUGUUUGAUGAUUUACAGGUCCAAGACAGCAAGAUUGACAACCUCACCAUCUCUUUGGAGAUGAAGAAAGAAUCCGUCAGGAGCGAAUGGGAAAACAUGCUAUCCAAGCACAGAAGUGAUUUGGAAAUGCAAAUUAGGGAAGCAGAAGACAAUGUGCAAAUUUUAAACCAAACUUUGGUUGAGGUUGUCUUCCCGAUGGACAAGAAGAUGGAUAAAAUGAAAGAGCAAAUAAAUGAUUUGAUUUAUGAUAUGGAGAUUCUUCAACCUCUUCUUGAGGAAGGACCAUCUCUUAAACAAAGAAUAACAAACGGACAAUCCAAAGAAGAUGUAGUUACAAAGAAAAAGUUGGACAAUCUGACUGGUGCUGUGAAUACUCUAAAUUUUCUUCUCAAAGAACUUACAAAAAACCACAACUUGCUUAGAAGUGAAGUACAGAGUCGAAGUUAUUCCUUAGACAGACGUAUCGAUGAAUAUGCCUCAGAAAUGGAAGAUGGUCUGAAUAAAACAAUGACAAUUAUAAAUAAUGCUAUUGAUUUCAUUCAAGAUAACUAUGUGUUAAAAGAGACUUUCAGUACAAUAGAGAUUAAUUCUGGGGUUCAUCAUGAUUGUAACCAAAAUAUGAAAACUAUUUUGACAUUUAUUUCUCAAUUCCAGCAUCUGAAUGAUUCUAUUGAGAUUUUGAUCAAUGAUAAUCAACGGUACAGCUUCGUCUUGCAAGUGGCCAAAGCCCUUGCAGAUAUUCCUAAAGAGGAGAAACUAGGUGGGUUCAGUUUUCAAAAGAUUCAUCAAAUGUUGAAUGAAACGACUUCCCAGGUGAUAAAAUAUCAGCAAAAUGUGAGUCAUUUGGAGGAAAUAGUACACUCAGCCUCAAAGAACUCAACAAAGUUUGAAACGAGAUUACAAGACAUUGAGUCUAAGCUGACGAAAAUGCUCAUACCUUAUUAUGUUUCGCUGAAAAAAGGCGGUGAGGCUACAAAAGAGAAAGACCAGGCUCUUCAGCUGCAGGUGUUAAGUUCCAGAUUUAAGGCACUGGAAGCGAAAUCCAUUUAUCUUUCAAUGAAUCUCUCUUUGCUUAACAAAACCGUCCACGAAACUCUGAUGAUGUGCCAUGAUGUUUCUGCACAGACAUCAGAACUGAAUGCUACCAUCCCUAAGUGGAUAAAAGGCUCCCUAACAGACAUCCAACUUUUCCAGAAAGAUAUGAGGGAAUUUGUGGAAUCAAUCAUUGAAAUGAAAACUCAAGUUGUUCUAUCUAACUUAACUUGGUAUGUAAAUCGAUCAUUGUCUAGCGGCCUCGCCAACCCUGUCAAGUUCCAAAAGCAAUUCAAACCGUUCAUGAAGAAACCAAAUACGCUGAAGAAACCAACGGCGAAUUUUACUAACAUCUUAACUGGUCGGGCUCAAAGGAACACAAAUGACAUUCAAUUUCCUGAGAAAUAUCCCGACUGCAGCGGGUCCCCGUGUCGGAACGGAGGCACGUGCGUGGACGGCAGGAGCAGCUUCACCUGCGCGUGCCGACACCCCUUCACGGGCGCGCGCUGCUCGGUGCGCCUGGGCCAGGAGGACGCGCCCGCGCCAGAUUUUUCCAAAGGAUCUUACAGAUACGCGCCCAUGGUGGCGUUUUUUGCAUCUCACACGUAUGGAAUGACGACUCCUGGUCCGAUCCUGUUUAAUAACUUAGAUGUCAAUUAUGGAGCUUCCUACACCCCGAGAACUGGAAAAUUCAGAGUUCCUUACCUUGGGGUGUAUGUUUUUAAGUACACCAUUGAGUCGUUCAGCGCUCACGUCUCUGGGUUCCUCGUGGUUGAUGGAGUAGACAAGCUCACAUUUGAGUCUGAAAAUAUUAACAGUGACACGCACUGUGAUCGGGUUUUGACUGGAGAUGCCUUGUUAGAAUUAAAUUACGGGCAGGAAGUGUGGCUGAGACUUGUGAAAGGAACAAUUCCAGCCAAAUUCCCCCCUGUUACUACAUUCAGUGGUUAUUUGUUAUAUCGUACAUAA